AUGAUAGUCGGCGGGCCGGAAGGCGGCGACUUGGCGAAUACCAGAAAGGCCUGGGCUCGACAACUGUACGUCGGGACAGUGUACGGGCGCGAAGAAAGCUCAAAGAAGGCGUGCCGGGAGCCGAUCACGUUCACUGACAAAGAUUUGCCCACGAGGGAGACACCGCAUCGAGAUGCGCUGGUCAUAGCGAUGGACGUAAAUCGAGUUAUCGUUCGACGAAUCCUGGUCGACACCGGAAGCAAUGUCAACGUGCUAUACCUCGACACUUUCACAAAGAUGGGAUUAACUCGAGAACAGCUGAAUCUAGUCAAGACACCACUCGCCGGUUUCACGGGAGACUCGGUGGAAGUAGAGGGACCCAUCACCCUGCCGGUGGAAGUCGGCAGCUAUCCCGACGUACAGAAGCUCAGCAUGAAAUUCAUCGUGGUAAACUUAGCCUGCUCACACAAUGCUAUACUCGGUCGACUGGGCCUGGAGGAUCUAGGAGCACUGAUCUCCAUCGAGCACCUCUGCUUGAAAUUCCGCACGCCGAACGGGAUAAGAACGGUGCGUUGCGAUAGAAGAGCCGCCCGUGCCUGCUACCUGCAAGCCUGUAGGGGGAUGGCCAAGCGUGGAAUGCAAGUCCACGAAAUCACGGAAAAGCCCCCAAAGAAAGCAAUGAUACCCCGCCCGGAACCAGCCGUGGAAUUAGAAGAAAUCGAGAUCAACCCCAAACGGCCGGACAGGCUGGUCAGAAUUGGGAUCGGUCUCCCCAGGGAAACUCGGGAGGAAAUUAUCCAAGUACUCCGAAAGCAUCGGCUGGUCUUUGCCUGGGGGCCAGAGGAUAUGCCAGGUGUCGACCGGUCCAUCAUCGGCCAUCGACUCGCCGUGGAUCCGGACCAUCGGCCGGUCGUACAGAAAAAGCGGUAUCUCGCCAAUGACCGAAGGGAAUUCGUAAAGAAAGAGGUGGGCACGCUGCUAGCCGCGGGCCACAUCCGAGAGGUUAAAUACCCGGAGUGGUUGGCGAACGUAGUCCUCGUACCGAAGCCCCCAGCCUGGCGGAUGUGCAUGGAUUACACUGAUCUUAACAAAACCUGCCUAAAAGAUCCGUUCCCCUUGCUGCGGAUCGAUCAGCUGGUCGACGAGACAGCAGGGUCGGCUCUGCUGAGCUUCAUGGAUGCCUUUAGGGGAUAUCAUCAGAUUUUCAUGCACCCGGCCGACGAAGAGAAAACCGCGUUCCUUACACCAGACAGGGUAUAUUGUUACCGAGUUAUGCCCUUCGGACUCAAGAAUGCUGGGGCCACCUAUACUCGGAUGGUAGCCCGGCUAUUCCAAGACUUACUGGGAAAAUCCAUGGCGGCCUACGUGGACGACAUGUUGGUCAAAAGCAAAGAAGAGGCCAAACACGCGGAAGAUUUGGCCGACUGCUUCCAAGUGAUGCUAAGGUAUAAUAUCCGACUGAACCCGAAGAAAUGUGCCUUCGUGGUGCAAGGCGGAAAAUUCUUAGGAUACAUGGUGACUAAACGAGGCAUCGAGCCCAACCCGGAGAAGGUCCAUGCCAUCAUCGAUAUGCAGCCUCCCAGCACCGUCAAAAACUUACAACGGUUGACUGGUCGACUGGUCGACUGGCUGCCCUCAGUCGCUUCCUAA